CGCGGACAGAGGACGCGAGACUGAGUGUGCCCUCUCGCUCCGGAGCAGCCGGCCGGAGCCCGGACGCGGAGCCUGGCAGUGUUUUCGUUACGCGCAGGGCUGGGGAGGAGGCUGGAGAAGCCAGCCUGUGGUAGGAUGUUUAGCAACAUGCUGGGCCUGCUACCCACCAGAUUCCAGUAGCGUCCUCACUCUAGUCCUGACAACCAAAAGUGUCUCCAAAGUUGUGAGAACUACUGCUCUAGGAGAACACAGACUAACAGGAGACUCCCAAGAUGGAAACUUUGUCUUUCCCCAGAUAUAAUGUAGCUGAAAUUGUGGUUCAUAUUCGAAACAAAAUCUUAACAGGAGCUGAUGGUAAAAACCUCUCCAAGAAUGAUCUUUCUCCAAAUCCCAAGCCUGAAGUCUUGCAUAUGAUCUACAUGAGAGCUUUACAGAUAGUAUAUGGAAUUCGACUGGAGCAUUUUUACAUGAUGCCAGUGAACUCUGAAGUCAUGUAUCCACAUAUAAUGGAAGGCUUCUUACCAGUCAGCAAUCUGUUUAUUCAUUUGGACUCAUUUCUGCCCAUCUGUCGGGUGAAUGACUUUGAGAUUGCUGAUAUUCUAUAUCCAAAGGCAAAACGGACGAGUCGGUUUUUAAGUGGCAUUAUCAACUUUAUUCACUUCAGAGAAGCAUGCCGUGAGACAUACAUGGAGUUUCUUUGGCAAUAUAAAUCUUCUGUGGACAAAAUGCAGCAGUUAAAUACUGCACACCAGGAGGCAAUAAUGAAAUUGGAGAGACUUGAUUCUGUUCCAGUUGAAGAGCAAGCAGAGUUCAAGCAGCUUUCAGAUGAUAUUCAGGAGCUGCAGCAAUCACUGAAUCAAGAGUUUCGUCAAAAAACGAUAGUGCUGCAAGAGGGAAAUUCACAAAAGAAGUCAGAUAUUUCAGAGAAAACCAAGCGUUUGAAUGAACUAAAAUUGUCAGUGGUUUCUUUGAAAGAAGUACAAGAGAGUUUGAAAACAAAAAUUGUGGAUUCUCCAGAGAAGCUUAAGAAUUAUAAAGAAAAAAUGAAAGAUACAGUCCAGAAGCUUAAGAAUUCCAGACAAGAAGUGAUGGAAAAGUAUGAAAUCUAUCGAGACUCUGUUGACUGCCUGCCUUCAUGUCAGCUGGAGGUGCAGCUAUAUCAAAAGAAAAUACAGGACCUUGCAGAUAAUAGGGAAAAAUUAACCACUAUCUUAAAGGAGAGCUUGAACUUGGAGGACAAAAUUGAGAGUGAUGAGUCAGAACUGAAGAAAUUGAAGACUGAAGAAAACUCCUUUAAAAGACUGAUGAUUGUGAAGAAGGAAAAACUUGCCACAGCACAGUUCAGAAUAAAUAAGAAGCAUGAGGAUGUCAAGCAGUACAAACGCACCGUGAUUGAAGAUUGCAAUAAAGUUCAAGAAAAAAGAGGUGCUGUCUAUGAGCGAGUAACCACAAUUAAUCAAGAAAUCCAAAAAAUUAAAUUUGGAAUUCAACAACUAAAAGAUGCUGCUGAAAGGGAGAAACUGAAGUCUCAGGAAAUAUUUCUCAGCUUGAAAGCUGCUUUGGAGAAAUACCAUGAAGGUAUUGAAAAGGCAACAGAGGACUGUCAUACUAAAAUAGAUGAGAAAACAGCUGAACUGAAGAGAAAGAUGUUCAGAAUGUCAACCUGAUUAACAAAAUUACACAUCUUUUUGUAAAUAGCUUGCCAAUUUUUAAUUUUCGGAAAGGAAUAGUUAAGUUGAAGUUAAUGGAAGUAUCAAAAGUACCAAAUAAUGUUGGCUCAGUUAUUUUUUAUAUACUCUCAUAGGUUAUUAUUUUGUAAGAUAAUGCAUUUAAUGUAGACUUUUAUGAACUUAAACUUAAAAUGGCUUGUGCAGCCAUUCGUGUCUCUACUCUGCUCCUUGUUAAGUGGUGGUUGGAGUAAAACAGAAAUAAUUGCAUUUGAAAUAUAUAAUUUUUCUCUGUUAUUAUCAUGGCUGUUGCUGCUUUGUUUGUUGACAUACAGAGGUAUAGUAUUAUUGAGCCCUGACUUUGCACUAAGCAUUGUGGGAUCUCAUUUGAUCUUCACUCACUCAAGCAACUCUAGGUAGACAUUUUUGUAACUACUUUAUAGAUGAAGUAACUAUGAAGUUCCUGAGCCAAAAUUUGAACUGUGCUCUGUAUGAGACUGAGGUCUGGAAUGUUUCUACUGUACCACACUUUCUAAUGUAACUAUUUAAAAGAGAAAGUAUGAGUGUGGUAGUCUAAUUCUUCACUGGUGCCAUGGCAUUUUUAUGAGGAAAAUAAGUUAAAAUGUGCAAACUGCUUAGAACAGUGCCAUGGUAGACAUGUAUAUGUCUGGUAGACAUAUGUAUAUAUUAAGUAUUGGUAUUUGGAGUUCCAGGUACUUUUCUCUUUGUCAGAAAUACUAAAAUACUACGGUAAGUAGAGAGUAGGCUUACAGUGACAGGAAAAGCCCUGGAAUAGGAGGAGUGGAAAGAGCUGGGUGUCCAGGGAGGAAGAGUUGGGACACAAAAUUGAGCUAUUGCUCUAUCCCUUUCUUGCUUUUUUAAAAUAGAAUUUUAAUCCAUAGAAAGGUCUGUUUAUGAGGCUAGGUAACGGGUGUAAACAUGACCAUGUCUCUCAUUUUAUAUUAAAAAAAUUUUAACUCCCCUGGACCCAUCUCCACCUUCAGCUCUUGCUCUUUUCUUUUUCCACAACCAAAUUUCUAGAAAACCUAAUCUAUACAUGUGCUUCUACUUCAUUCCCUGCCCAUCAUGGCAUUGUUACUUCUCUCCAUACUAAUUCACUGAACUUUCUAAGAUCACAUUAAUAGUUAUCAAAAUUCCCUGGACGUGUUUUAAUCUUUAUCGUCCUUACAUUCUACCUGUCCAGUACUUUUUUCCCUUUGUCUCAGUAACACUGCUCUCUUGGUUCUCUUAAUUCUCUGUCUGUUCCUUUUAAAUGUUUUUCCACGAGGGCUUCAUUCUCUGUUCUUCUCUGAAGUGUUUGUGUUCUCUAGACUUCUGCCCUUGACCCUCCUCUCCUCAACCUCUGUACCCGUCCUUGAAAACUUUUAUCAAUACCCACCACUUCAAUCACGAAUUAAACAUCCAUGCAACUUUUACUGCAUUAUAUACAUUUAGUUACUAGUUACACUUGUCAUAUUUUUCCGGAAUUUCAGACUUGGGUAUCCAAUGGCCAGUACAGUUUACCCUUGACAACCCUGUCAAGGGUUGAACUGCAAGGGUCCACUUUUACGUGAAUUUGUUUCAGUAUGACUGUAUGAUCCACAGUUGGUUGAAUCUGUGGAUGCAGAACCACAGAUACAGAGGACCAGAGCAUAAGCUGACAAAAUCUGAGGUGGGUCCUGGGACCAAUCUCCAGCAGAUACUGAGGGAUGACUGUAAAUGGUUUUAACCUUUUGGCAUUCUGGUGAAGCCUAAUGGACCUUUUCAGAGUAAUGUUUUUCAUGCAUGAAAUAAAACACAGGACUGCAAGUGAUUAGAUUCAAAUAUGAUUAUCAAAAUACUUAAAAACAUGUUAUGGAAAAGGAACUCACCCACUUUCCUUCUUAUGCCACUACCCCUCACUCCUUUAUAUCCAUUUAGUUAGCAAGAUCUCCAUUGAUGUACCCAAGUCUCCUUCUCUCACAUCUUUGCCCAUGUUGCAGUUUACAUCAUCAUCAUUUCUCAGCUGGCGUACUUGCAAUAAUCCUUUUU